ACAAUAAAACUGGGUUUCUACAAACAUUUCUUUCCCUUCUUUUUCUCAUACAACUCUAAAGAACCUUCUUGUUUCAAGUAACUAGUUUUCACAUCUUCCUCAACACCUUUCUCUUUCUAUAACUUCAACCAUAACACACCUUGUGUUGUGUGGCUUUUAGGUAAACAAACAAUAACAACUACUUCAAAUAAUCUUUAGGGUUUCAAGAUUCCUCUCAUAGUCAAAUAUGAAGGCACCGACUCUUAACUAAGAAAAACCUCUUUUUCUUUCUCUUAGCCUCCAUUUUCAACCUCAUAAAUCUCUCUCUCAAAAAAAAUAUAUAUCUUCCAUAUAUUAUCAAACUAUAUAUUUUUCUUGAUUUUUUUGUGAGAUCUAGAAGUUAUAAUUAGAAGAAUUGGAGAGUUGAUAAUUUUGAUGGAGUUGUUGCAAGAAGUGAAAGGCUAUUCACAAGAGGAAGAGGAAGAAGAAGAAAUCAUAACAAGAACAACAAAAGAAGAUGAAAACAGUAGUAAGCAACAAUUACAACACUGCCCUUUUUCUUCUUCUCCUUCUAAUUUCUCUUUAUCUUCUUCUUCACCUUCAACAACUCAUCAUCAUCAUCAUAAUCAUAAUCAUGAUGUCACAAAUCAAUGGCUAGGAAUCAAUCAUCAUCAUCAUCACUCUCCUGAGUCUCACAAUUCAUCUUCUGGUGGAUUAGGGCUAUUACACCAACAUCAUCAUCAUCAUCAACAUCAAGAUGCUACAACAACAACAACAACCUCGAAUUUCAAAAAUCAAACAAGUUUAAAACAAAUUGAUUUCAUGGAAUUAUCACUAGGUAGCAACAGCAGCAUCAUCAACAAAGAUCCUAGUUCUUCGAAUGCAAACAUAAACAACCUACAUCAACCGCAAGAGCAGCAACAGCAACAACCUAGUACUCAUGAAAAAGAGCACAUGUUCGACAAAGUUGUAACCCCGAGUGAUGUUGGAAAACUGAACCGUUUAGUGAUACCGAAACAGCAUGCUGAGAAGUAUUUCCCUCUCGAUUCAACCUCGAAUGAGAAAGGCCUUCUUCUCAAUUUCGAAGAUCGAAAUGGAAAAUUGUGGAGAUUCAGAUACUCUUAUUGGAACAGUAGUCAAAGCUAUGUCAUGACAAAAGGUUGGAGCCGUUUUGUCAAAGAGAAAAAACUUGAUGCCGGUGACAUUGUUUCGUUUCAACGAGGCGUUGGCGAUUUGUUUCGACAUCGAUUGUUUAUCGAUUGGAGGAGGAGAACUAAUCAUAACCAUAAUAUGGAUCCUUCAGCAACACUUUUCACUCCUUUCUUUCUUCCUAAUCAACAGCAAUAUUCUAUUAGAUGGGGAGGUGCUAAUAGUAGAUUCUACUCACUUCCUUAUCCUUCACCACAAUCACAAAGGUUACAACAACAAAAUCUUCAUGACCCUUUACAGAAUCAGAUGAAUUACAAUUACCAAAUGUAUCCAUUUCACCAACAAGGUGUUAAUGCGAAUCCGAAUUACAAUUUUCAUCAUCAUGAUCCAAGUUCUCUCUUUUACAUGAGAUCAUCGUUACCAUCGGCGCCGUCGAUGGUUGAUCAAGGAAGCUUAACAAGACAACAAGGAGGAGGAGGAGGAGGAGUAGGAGUAGGAGGAGACAAUGUUCCAAACAUGAUUAUUGAUUCUGUUCCUGUUUCUCAUCAUUAUCAUCAACAACAUGGUGGUUUUUCUAGCAGUGGAAAUUUUACUAGUUCUAGUACAAUGGCUAGUAGUAGUAUUAAUGGUGCUGCAAAAAGGUUAAGGUUGUUUGGUGUGAACAUGGAAUGUGGAUCUUCAACAAGUGAUGAUAAUUUGCCUAAUUCACUUCCUUCUUCUUCAAAUUUGAGAGAAACAUUUUCAACAUCAUCAACAACAUUUGAAGAGGACAAGAAAAGAGAAGCUUCAUUGAUUUUUGGUUUAGACCCUUCUUUGCAAUAUCAUAAUUUCCAUCAACAAUGAUGAAAUGAAAAAAACCAAAAAAAAAAAAAAAAAGAAGCAAAAAAAAAAAUAA